AUGGGCAAACCUAUCGGGGUCUGCGGGGGAGACAACAACAACAACAACACCAACAACUCCAACCCUGCUGCUAUACCACCACUUCGCCCUGACCCUCCCGAUCCUCCCGGCCAAGCCCCCGCCACCACCACCAAAUCAUACUCCGCCGCGGUCGGCGCCCGCUCCGCUGCGAAGCACGGCAACGCCACCGCCAACACCUCGACUGCCGUCGCCGCCCAUCCCCUGAUGCACAACAUCGAGAACUGUGUCAUCAUCAACACCCCACCCUCAACCUCGGUCGAGCAAGUCCUCCUCGCGCUCGACAAACACUACCCUGCCCUUACCGGCGCAAUGCCAUGCGUCAUCAAGGGUCAGCGCGGCCUCCGCUUUCCCAAGGCCGCCGAUCUCGACACCCUGGUUGCCAACGGCCUUACUGUUGGCAAGACUCUGUGCAAAGUCGAGAAGCUGUACAGCUCUACUAAAGGAGGUGUUGUACAAUGCACCCUUACGGGCUUUUUCUCCGACCCCGAGGGCCUCCGCCUAUUCGAUGAGCAGAUCGCUGCCUAUGGCACGGUCCUCCGCCGUCGCAUCCAAUACAUUGGAAAGACGAAACACAUCUCUGGGGUGUACGACUUUAUCCUUGCCCUUAAGGAUGCAGAUGUGUUGCCCCCUGCCUCACUUUCUAUUGCUCGUGACGGUGUCACUGAGCGAAUCCCACUGAGGAUCACCGGUGGCAUGCGCCACUGCGUCUUCUGCCGUUCCGCAGCUCACGUCCGUAAGGAUUGCCCCGUCGCCCCGGCGUGCAAGUCCUGCGCGAGCACCUCGCACGCCACCCAGCACUGCCCGGGCCGUCACGCGUCGAGCCCCCAGGGUCGCCCCACGUCACGUGCCCCGCAUGCCUCCACCGUUACCACCGCCGCCCCCGCCGGGUCCAAGUCGAUCCCCGCGGCCUCCGCCCCCGACCGCACGACCAAAAAACGUCGAGUGGAACAGGAUCUGGCUGCCCAGACUGAAGAUCUGUCCAACAGGGCUCAGCCCGAAUCUCUGUCGAAGACUGCCCGCCCCGAGUUCUCCUUCAAUUUCCCUUCCAAUACUGCCCCCCAGCCUGCCUCCAACCAGGGAACUGCCUCUUCCCUCGUUGAAAAAUCCUCCGAGUCCCCCAGCUCAGAGACCACCUCUCCAUCCCCAAGCCCUCCUCCGGCCACGCCAAAGUCGAUCAUAACUCGAUCCAAGUCGAUUGCCGCCCUCUCCACGCCCGCCACUCGUGAAGCCCCUCCCACUGCGCCUGCCCUCGAAGCCUCCGAGCCGACUCCCGAGCCCUCUUCGCCCACGCCCACGCCGUUGCCCUCAGCCGCGGCCAAAGCCCGACCCGAUGACGCCGACGCCGACGACGAGGCCGACGAAGAAGCCGAAGACCAAGAAGCACCUCCCAAGGACGUGGAAUACGCUAUGGACCAAGAUGAUGAGCACAACUAAGAUCCCAAACGUGUCUUUUGUUGCUGCCAACGUGCAGUCAAUCAAUGAAGACCGUAAGCGUGCCUCUCUUUUCUCCAAUCUCCGCUCCCAUAACGCCGACGUCUUUCUCCUGAGCGAAACUGGCCGACCUUCCCCCGAAAGGGUGGCCCAGUGGACUCAGGAGUGCCAAGACUUAAAGCUCUCCGCUCUCUUCACUCCCUUCAACAACACUGCCAUACUCUGGAAGAACGACUCCGUGGUCAUUACUAUUGAUCCCGAGUCGCCUCCCAACACUCUUCGUGCCUCUUUUUCUUUCCCGGACCGAGUCACCGACGCCACCUUUCGUGUGGGUGAUUCAAAGGUCCGGGUUGUAGUAGUAUACGCGCCUUCCUCCGACAAGCCAGACAAAAAGCGCUUCCUCUCACAUCUCAGCACCGCCCUCCGACAAGUCGUACGUGACGAACCCUCGCCGCCUGCGCUCCUAGUCGGGGGCGACUGGAAUUGUGUUGAGUCCCAACCCCUCGAUUCGGAGAACCAAAACGGAACGAAUUAUGGGGGUCAGGAGAUGCGCGACCUUGCCACGGCCAACAAUCUUUUCGACGCCUAUCGGCUCCACCAUCCCAAAGGACGAGCCACGACGAAUCGCUCAGCGCCCGGCACGUGCCGUCGCCUCGACCGCAUCUAUGUCUCGCCUGAUUGGGUUGACCUCUUCCAUGAUCACAAAAUUUGGGCUCCUGUCCUCAAAUCGACGCACUCAAUGGUUGUGGCACGGUUCCAAGUGCCGGGCGCAAUCGACAUCGGUCCGGGCAAAUUCAAGCUGGGUUUGCACGUGAUCGAGGGCGACGCGACCUGCGAGUACCUCACUUCCAUUGUCCGCACCCUUUACAACGAAGCCCUCCUCCAGACGCCCAACGAUCCACCAGCAGCUUGGACGUCCACCAAACACCGCCUGCUGCCCGAGCUGCAGGCUCUGGCCCGGACGUUCGCUCGGUUUCGACGUGGAGGGUCGGAGCAAGAGAGGGCUGACCACUCGCGCAACGGCGCGGCGCUGCGUUCCCGCCUCGACCCAUCUCUGGCGGGUCCCUCUUCCAUCUUCAUCCGCCUGCGCAAAGUGCGAGCAUCCGACCUGAUCCCUUCGCUCACGGUCAACGAUGUUGUUCAUUCCGACCCUCAUUCGAUGCUUGGAGCGGCCAGCGACUACUUCGAGCGGGUCUAUGAGGACCGCCCCAUCGAUGACGCGGCCCUGAAGGCGAUCAUCGACGGCCUCGCUUCAACUCGCCUCUCCCCCGCGGACUCACUCAAGCUCGAGGAAGCGUACCCGUUGGAGGAGAUGACAAAGGCUCAAGAGGCGUGUAAGUCGAACUCUUCGCCAGGGCCUGACGGCCUCCCGGUUGAGUUCUAUCGCGCUACGUGGCCGGCCACUGGCCCGAUUCUUCGAGACGUCAUCAACUCGAUCCCCACCGAGGCCCGUCAGCCUGGACCUCUUCCCCGCAACACCGCCCACAUCCAUCUCAUCCACAAACGCGGCGAGAGGGAUCAGCUCUCGAACAAACGCCCCAUAUCGCUCAUCAAUGCGGACGAGCGCAUCAUCUCCCAAGCCCACAACCAGCGCCUCGCUCCCUUGCUCGAGUCCCUGAUCGGCCCAACCCAACGUGGCUUUGUUCCGAACCGUUGGAUCGGCACGAACAUCGCCGAGGUCCAGUGUCUCAUGGACCCUGGACUUCCGGGCUCACCACCCGUGUCCGGCAUGCUAGCGGUGAUGGACUUUGAAAAGGCUUACGAUCGUCUCUCCCACACGUACCUUGAUGCAGUCCUCUGCGCCGUUGGCCUCGGCCCCAAAGCCCGCCAAUGGUACCGAGCGACCUACACCAACCAAUCCGCCUCGAUCUUCCUCAACGGUUGGCUCUCUGCCGCUUUCGACAUCCUGUCGGGCGUUCGGCAAGGUGAUCCCCUGGCCCCGUCUCUCUUCGUUCUGGCGAUCGAAGGUUUUGCCUGUCAGAUUCGAUUGAGAGUCAAGGGCAUCGAGAUUGCGGGCCUCCAAAACAUUCGAGAACUCCUCUUUGCCGACGACGCUUGCUGCGCACUCCACAACUUCUCGGACCUCGACCACCUCAAUCGGGCGAUCGAGCUUUACGAACGGGCAAGUGCCAGCAAGCUCAGCAACGCCAAAUCUUUCCUCUAUCCCCUUGGAGUUUUUCGGGAUCGGCCGAUCGCCCCAGAUCUCGGGACCUGGCGUCUCAGCGAUUCGCAGUUUCGCUACCUUGGUAUUCAGGUCGGGGUGGAGAUCGCCGAGGAUGCGGGCUGGGAAGAUGUCAAGGCCUCGACCAUCGCUCGGAUACGCUCAAUUCCGAUGUACGAUCUCCCAUAUGCAGCCAAGUGUUCGAUCAUCAACAUCUACUGCUACACAAAGAUCCUGUACUACAGCCGAUUCCUCCCCGCCCCCAAGAGCGUUGUCAAGGAGAUCGAGGAUGCGGCCAUGCUCGUCAUUCACGGUCGAGCUUCGGAUGGUACUCAGCGACGUCCGAAGGUCUUCCGGUCGCGCCUCUGCAUCCCUCUCGAUCACGGCGGUUUUGGCUUGAUUGAUCUGCCUCGGCGUCUAGCGAUCGAUCACGCGAAGUGGGUCUUUCAGCUCCGGGCCCCGGACGGCUGCUUCACACGCCAUCUCUUCGACAUCCGCAUCCGCCUCCAGGCACCGAACGAACCAACCCCUUUCACUUUGUCCAGACCGGCCCCCAACCAGCAUCGUCGCCCUUGGAUCUGGAUCUGGUGGGCAUACUUUUGCCAUCCUCCCCCGAAGUGGGACCAUGCGGUGAGAAAGACGAGAAAACUUCUUCCUGCACGUUGGGUCCGAUACUUCGAAGCCUGGGCGUCGGUGACCACGCUCAAUCCCCCGGAACUCUCCAAGAGCCAGAACCUCGAGCAAUGGGCGACGCACGUACUCUACUUCCCAGCGGGCCACGGAAUACAACUCUCGGUAAACCCGACGCUUUUUCGAGGGCCCGAUGGCGAGGUGAUGACCCCGUCUUCGUUUGUGAACGCGUCCAAACGCCACCAAGUCUUCAUCUUCCCUCCUAUCUUCCCCAAGGGACACCAGAAGGUAUUCGAUCUGCCUGAGCAACGUUGGAACGCUUGGUGGAAGGCUUUGCGCAAGGUUCGCCGGGUUCACUCGGACGCCGAGGAUACCGGCCACCUUCUCUCCCUGGGGUCCCUCCAUCCGGGCAGCCAAGUCGCCUCCCCAACCAGCCCUCACCCCAACAAUCGAUCGGCCUCCUGUGUGAUGUGCCUCUCGGAAGCACCCGAGUGCCUGGCCCACCUCGCGGUCGGCUGCCCAUUUGCCCGGCGUCUCUGGUCUGCUCUGUCCCCGACCCCCCACCCAGUCUUUGUGGACUUUGUAUGUCCGGUCGUGUCUCGCUCGGAACGUCGCCUUGUCGAACUACGAAUCCUCUUCUUUCACUCGAUCUGGAAGCUCUGUCGCCGUCGCCGAUUCUCGUCGGAUCUUUUGGAACCGAUCACCGAAACGGACUUCGAGGGGCUUCGAGCCUCUAUUCAGGAGUCCAAGGGUCGCCUAGUGUCUCUGUAA